AUGUCCGAGAUCCUGCCCUACAGUGAGGACAAGAUGGGCCGCUUCGCCGCCGACCCCGAGGGCUCCGACCUCUCCUUCAGCUGCCGCCUGCAGGACACCAACUCCUUCUUCGCGGGCAACCAAGCCAAGCGACCCCCCAAGCUGGGCCAGAUCGGCCGAGCCAAGAGAGUGGUGAUCGAGGAUGACCGGAUAGACGACGUGCUGAAGGGGAUGGGGGAGAAGCCGCCGUCCGGAGUGUAG